AUGGUUCUAAAAAUUGGACUGGACUAAUCGGUCGAACCGAUUCAACCAAAAACCAAGAAUGUCAAUGGUCCGGUCCUAUAUCCAAAACUGGUAAACCGGAAAAAAACCGUUGAAUCGGCAGAAAACCGGCCGAUCUGGUUCUUAUAAAACGAUGCCGUUUUACUAAAACCCUCAUUUUUCAAUUUUCACCCUAGAUCUCAGCAGCCUCACCUUCUUCCCCUGCCUCCAACUGCCGCUUCUCCUCUCCAACAACAGUGUCGCCGCCUCCAACUACUCCAAGGUUCCCUGCGUUGACCCUCACAACCCGCCCGUUCUCGACGGUGCGUUCGACUUCGCAUUCUCCGCAAGGCUCGACGAGGCGCUAUUCCCGGCGAGAUUCGCUACAGAGAUGGAUCGCCGUGUCAGAUCUGGUGGCUCGUGUAUUGUCGCCGUCGCGAGUGCGGGGAUGAUGAGGUGAGGGAGGUCGUUUAUCUGUUCAGUAAUGUUACCUUGGCUGGAAUGAGAAUGACAAAUGAUAUAUACAUAGAAGUUGUAGACUGAUGAUGUCAUGGAGUGUAUGCGACUUACUGGAUGGGAGAAAGUUGUGUAGAACUAAUAGAGUUAGGUGCUUGAAUCCAGAGCUCAGUGGUUCUAAAAAAAUUGUUGAUUUGAACUCACUGUACCGGAAGACAAAUGUUGCUACUGUUGGAAACUUAUGCAGCCGUAAUUAUGCAAUGGAUAGACUCAACCAUUUGAAUGGAAGUAAAACAUCAAUAGCGGAUAUAUCUGAUGCAGUAAACAGCAUGACUGGAGUUUCGGAUGGUGGCAAGAGGUGUGAUAGUGGCGAUGAAGAUAGUAUUAAUAAGGGGAGCUCUGGUCGAAAGAGGAAGAGAGAGUCUAUGUCAGAAAUGCUGCACUGGAUUCUUGAUAGGGCUGAGAAUCCUUGUGAUCCUGCAAUGGGUUCAAUGCCCAAAAAGUCAAAGUGGAAGUCAUAUGGUAUUGAAGAGAUCUGGAAGCAGGCUUUGUUGUUCCGGGAAGCUGUAUUUCUCAAAAGUGAUCACCCUAGUUGGCAGGGUCAAAGGAUGCAUCCUUGCAUGUAUGAUGAUCAGGUCGGGGCAAACUACAAUCUUAGGGAGAGAUUAAAAACUAAGAAAUCACCUUAUUCUAGUGCUGAGAAAUGUUCACUUGAUGAACCUGCCACCGUGCCCAUUCCUAUUGGCCCGGCCUAUCAAGCUGAAGUUCCUGAAUGGACUGGCAUGGCUGUUGAGAGUGAUUCAAAAUGGUUUGGAAACCAAAUAUGGCCAGCAGCAAAGGUGAAUACCAAUCUUAUUGAAAGGGAUCCCAUUGGAGCUGGAAGAAAAGAUUCAUGUGGCUGCCAAUUUCAAGGUUCUGUUGAGUGUAUCCAAUUUCAUGUUGCUCAGAAAAUGGCUAAACUUAAGCUAGAAUUGGGUGAUGCAUUUUACAUGUGGAAUUUACACAAGACAGGGAAAGAUGUUAGGCGAUUGUGGACCGAACAGGCGAACACGAAGAGAAGAAGUUUAAGGAUGUGGUGAAAGCAAACCCUCUUUCACAUGAGACAUGUUUUUGGGAACAAAUUUUCAAAUCGUUUCCUACAAAGAGCAGGGAAGAUUUAGCUUUUUACUACUUCAAUGUCUUCCUCUUGCAGCGAAGGGGAUACCAGAAUCGGAAUACUCCAAAUGACAUCAACAGCGAUGAUGAUGAAGCAGAAUAUGGACCAUUGAAAAAUUCUUUCGGACAUAACACAGGUAACCCUCGAACUACCUUAUUAUCGCCUAAGAAGCC